GCUGCUUUCUGUACUUUAUAUAAGGAACCUGUAGGGCAGGUCCUCAGGGCGCCACCCAACACCGGCGCGAGACACACCGAGCCAGUGCACAGUCUGCUUCUGCCUCAGACAGUCGUGAGAACAACAACACUGACGGGAUGGCACCGAAAUACAGGUUGGUGUACUUUAACAUCCGGGGGAGAGCCGAGCUGACCCGGCUGCUGUUCGCAGCGGCAGACCUACAGUACGAGGACCAGCGCUUCGAGUUCAGCUCGGACCAAUGGAAGGAGCUCAAGCCAAAGACUCCCAUGGGCCAGCUGCCGCUUCUGUACGUUGAUGACGUCCCCCUCUGCCAGAGUACGACUAUCGCUCGGUACGUCGCCAGGACAACAGGUCUGGCCGGAAAGACUCCUCUGGACGAGGCUAAAGCAGACAUGAUUGUAGACGGACUGGACGAUCUGGCAAAGAAACUGCUGGCAGUGUUCAAUGAGAAAGACGAGGAAAAGAAGGCGGAGCUCCAGAAGGAGUUGGCAGGAGGGUUCCUGCCACAGUUCCUCGGGAACUACGAGAAGUUAGCCAGCGCGGAGGGAUUCUUCGUCGGUGGUUCGCUGACCUGGGCCGACCUCGCGUUCUUCAACAUGAUUGGCUGGGUGACGCCCAUGAACCCCGCCGUACUGGACGGGUUUUCCAACCUCGCCAAGGUCAUGGACAACGUGCAGUCCCAACAGGGGGUCGCUAGGUGGCUCAAGGAGCGCCCGCAGACCAAAAUGUAGCCAAAGUGCCGUUGUCAAGGCAACAGCUAAAAAUAGUCGUUUGCCAGGAUCUAACGCCGUACUAGUGUUUCCUUACCAAGGUACAGAGAAAAGCAGUUUUUAAUUCCAUUUUUUUGUAUAUUACAUGUAGAACCAUAGACUAACCUAACGGACAGAUGAAGGCCUGCCUAAUAAUACCAGGUUGAAUUUCUUACCAAUCUACCACCAGUGUAACAUAACCAUUAAAACGGCUUACCAUGUGUGACUUACAGCAAAUGCCACGCGCUUUCCUACAGUAAUUCCAAUAAAUCUGCCUAAACCUC